AUGGUGGAGCGGGGAGACGCGGCGCCGCUGCUGCGCUGGGCCGAGGGCCCCGCGCUCUCCCCGCCGGCCGCCCCGGAGCCGCAGGCUGGAGGCCGGGGCUGGGGCCGGGGCCGGGCGGCCGCGGAGCCGCCUGGCAGGCGGGAGCCCGAGGCGCGGGCCUCCGAGGUGCUGCUGCAGCCGGGGCGCCUGCCGCUGGGCGACGUGGAGGAGGACCAGGUGGUCGCCGUGUUCGUGGUCACCUUCGACCCCCGCUCGGGAAACGUGGUGGAGUGGUGCCUGCCUCAGGAUGUCGACCUUGAAGGGGUUGAGUUCAAGUCUAUGGCCAGUGGGUCCCAUAAAGUUCAGUCUGAUUUCAUCUAUUUCCGGAAGGGGCCCUUCUUCGGCCUGGCCUGCUUCGCCAACAUGCCGGUGGAGAGCGAGCUGGAGCGCGGCGCGCGCAUGAAGUCCGUGGGCAUCCUGUCCCCAUCCUACACCCUGCUCUACCGCUACAUGCACUUCCUGGAGAACCAGGUUCGACACCAGCUGGAGACUCCGGGACAUUACUCUCAUCUGGCUGCCUUCUACGAGGACAAGAAAGGGGUGCUCCACCCGGGGCCGGGGAGAGGCGGCAGCCUGCCCCCCGUCUACUGGCUGCCCUCCAUCCACCGUUACAUGUACCCCGAGAUGAAGAUCACACACCCAGCGGGCUGCAUGUCGCAGUUUAUCAAGUUCUUCGGAGAACAGAUCCUCAUCCUCUGGAAAUUCGCCUUACUUCGAAAGCGCAUUUUGAUAUUUUCUCCCCCUCCCGUGGGCGUCGUGUGCUAUCGAGUGUACUGCUGCUGCUGCCUGGCCAACGUGUCCCUGCCCGGCAUCGGGGGCACCAUCCCCGAGUCCAAGCCGUUCUUCUACGUGAACGUGGCUGACAUCGAGAGCCUGGAGGUAGAGGUGUCCUACGUGGCCUGCACCACAGAGAAGAUCUUCGAGGAGAAGCGGGAACUGUACGACGUCUACGUGGACAACCAGAACGUGAAGACGCACCACGACCACCUGCAGCCCCUGCUGAAGCUCAACAGCGCCGACAGGGAGAAGUACCGGCGGCUCAACGAGCAGAGGCAGAUGCUGCUGUACUCCCAGGAGGUGGAGGGGGACUACAACCCGUGCGAGGAGGACCUGUUCGUGCUGUUCUUCCUGGAGCAAAACAACCGGAUAUUUCAGACUCUGCUGGAGGUGUCGGCCAGCCAGGACAAGACCCUGACGGCGGAGCACGCGCGCGGCAUGGGGCUCGACCCCCAGGGGGACCGCGGCUUCCUCCUGGACUUGCUGGAGGCCUACGGCAUCGACGUCAUGCUGGUCAUCGACAACCCCUGCUGCACGUAGGGCCGGCGCCGGCGCCCGCGCGUUCCCCGGGCCGGAGGGCCUCGUGCUUACCAAGGCCACACGAAGGGAUAAUGGUUUCCACGUCCCAACAAAUGUCACUUUCGCGAUCUCCUUUCUUCCCUUCCUGGCGGUGGGGGGGUCGCCUUGGAUCCGGGCCCUGCUGCGGCAGGACGCUGGGACCUGCUCCUUCCCACAGCUACUGCGUGGCUGGUCUUGGGUUUCUGAAAGGGGGUCCUCUCACCCCCAAGGCCAGACAUCGCCAGGCGCAGCCGAGCGCCGGAGCCGCCGGGCAGCCUCCGCAGGGAGUCUGGCCGUGUUCAAGAGCGAGGCUCUCCUGUUUGGCCUCGGGUGUGCCUCGGCCCAAAGGCGGACGCUAGCGAUGCCCUUCAGGGCUUUUAUCCCGGAAGUCUAGUUUGGGGAUCAGAUUCCUUUUCUUGUUUAUCGGGGCGAAUCUAUGUCUUCUCUCGUCACUGGAGUCGGCCUCAAAGGGGGACCAGAUGUCGCUGGCGCUCAGUACUAGCUUCUCUGAGGGUAGGGGAAGCUGCUACCCAGUGAACUGAAGAUUAAAAUCGUAGAGUGAAUUCUGGGAACUUUCCUCCAAGUCAGGCAAUGUGGCCCCGAUGUAAUACUCCCCUUUCUCUGAACCCCCUUCUUGUGGAAUGGGCGGAUGGACGCCUGAGGGCCGGCGGCGGCCCCGGGACUUGCAAGCAAAUCCAUUGUCUCGCUGGGUCUCCUGUAAGGGCUCACCAUGCCGGAGGUGUGUGGGUGUUGCCGAAGGGUGGCUCGCCACCGUGGAGCAGGGGAGGGCCGGCAGGGCAGGGGGCGGGAGGCUGAGCGGCUUCACCUGGGUGAGCGCUGAGGGUGGUGCUCGCAGAGUCUCUAGAUGGAAAUGUUAGGGGAACCCGUUCAAUAUCGGGGCUGCUCUAUAACAGAAACAGGUUCACGGGAUUUCCUCAUCGCGCACGGACCCCAGCUGGUUACCUCAGAGGCCGGAGCCUGUUGAGAAGGCGGGUGGCCAGUUUGGAUCCGUCACAGACUUCUCCGUAGCAGAGACCACAUUCCUCGGGUGGGCUGGGGCCGCGGGUGGAGUGGAUUCUGAGAGCGAGUUUGACAGUGCCUUCCCCCAGGACAGUGUCCGCGCCGAGUCCGCUUUCCUCUGAAACGGCCUGUCUGGGACGGCGCCCGCGGGCCCCUCGGUUCUCUUGGGCCGGGGCGUGUGCUGGCCGGAGGGCCGGAUGCAGGUCAGGUGCGACAGCUGUUGUUGGCCAACCCCAGGAGGCCAGCGCCGUGAGCAGGGUUUAGGGCUUUCUGGCCAUCGGUUAGGGUUUUGACGUGGGCUACUGGGUGGUUGGUGACAAGUGUCUUCCGCUCCACUCGCGCUGCGGGGCUCUGGAGUGACAGUAGCCCUCAGAGCGCCGGCCAGGCUCAUCGCGUGCACCGCAGAGAAGCGAAUGCGACACAUGUCUUCUCUCGAGACAGGCCUCUCAGGGCUCGCUGAUUUUUUCGAAAGUAUUUUCAAAAUCCAAGACACAAGAAGAUUCAUGGGUGGAAAUGCAGACAGGCCUUGAGUAAUCAAAGCAGCAUCUUUUAUGUAAAUAUAUAAAUAAGUUUGGGCAUUGAAAUGUAUACUGUCCAACGCCUCCGUGUCGCUCCUCUGCGGGGUGGGGUCAGCCCCCAUUUCAGUGCUGUGUAUGUUCACGAAAGAAAAAAAAUCUGUUUAGAAAAUGAAGUUUUGCCGCCUUUUUUCCUUGAAAAGCAGCCAACCUUCUUGCCUGUCAAGGAGGAGGGGCCUUUUCCACCUGGGUCGAGGAGGGGUCACUUUAGUGGUUUCCGAAGGGUCAAGGUCUUCUGAGCCGGGGGGCUCAGGGUCAGACACAUGGCAGGGGUAAAGGAAAGCCAGGUUUUCUGGGGGGACAUAGGCGGACCCCGUGUGCAGAAGGGGGCGUCUGGCGGAAGGAGACUCUCUGCACUUCCGCCGUGGCUUUCUGCGUGGGGAUGCUGGAACGCUGUUUGUGGGCUCAGAAGUGCUGCUCUGAAGGCAGCGGGGUGAGAAUGAGGCUCCUGUAUUGCCCUGUGAUGGCGAUCAGGGCUCUGGGCUCCUCUUGGCCCCUUGGCAUUGUUCUGUCUGCCACCUCCGUGCCCACCCCCAACACAGAGGCUGGGGCCUGGGAGCUCUGAGGGAACCCCUCGAGGCACUGCCUGGAGGAGCCUGGGCUCAGCUGAGCCUGAAGCGCAACUUCUUUCCUUUCUGUGUUCCUGUCAAGAGGGAACCCCAAGAAUCCUCCUUUCGCUACAUCACUAGCUUUCUUGGAGCCGGUUUGCUUGGCUGAACGGGGUACCCCUCAGCUCUGCAGCUGCCUUCCCUGGUGAUCUUCCCCAAGGGGUCCUGCCUGGAUGCUGAUAUGACACCUUUUGCUUCCAAGGUCUCUUUUGAAGGCUUGUUUGUACCUGACUCUGAGCCGCGCCCCCCAUCUCAAGCGAGCAGGCACGACCCAGCAUCACGUGCUGCCAGUUCUGUAAAAGAGGAUUCGCUUGUGAAGUCCAGGCAGGGCUCCCCCGGGGACAGCAGAAGCUAGAAGCCAGAACACUUGUUUCGCUGUUGCUGUUGAAAUGUGUUUGGCGAUGGCCCCUCCUGCCUCCGAGGCCCAUAAGCCCUGUAGGGCCGGGUGGCUGCCGCCUCCGACUUCAGAGUAGGGCUGGAAUUGACUUGCAGACGAGGCCUCACUGUUAAACCUCAGCCACCAAGAUCCCCCUGGAGCAUUCUGAGCCUGAGCUAAUGCCCUGCUGUGAGCCCCGUGCAAACCCGGCACUACUGCCGACCCGAGAGCCCGGGGCUGCUCCGCCACCCGCAUCCACUAGGGAGGAACGCCAGGUUCCUCUUGGGGCUUGGAGUUGAGACUCAGGGGUUGCUGAUGUCGAGUAAAAGGACAAGGGCUGUGAGGGUAGAUGGUUUGCAGUUCUGCAGGCUGGGCAGGUGGUGUGCUGAGCCUCGGGCUGUGUCUCAGCGUGCUUUCUCCGCAAGGAAUCGGAACCCGGAGGGCUCCUCUCCCACGAGAAGAAGUCCAGGCCAAGUGGUUUGUUCAGAAGUAGCGUGGGCCUUUGUGCAGCACGAAACACUCGCUGGGCUGGUGCAGAUCCACCCGACGAGAGUCCGCCUGGGCCUUAGGGCCCUCGGGACAUUCGGAUCGCAGCGAGCGAGAAGGCACGUCGUCGCUCGGCUUGGGACAGGAGGCUGAAGUCCUGGGCCCCGAGAUAGAAAUCAUUCCGCACAGGCACUUGCAGCUGUGAUUCACCUGGUUUUGUUCCACGUGCAAUUCCAGAAGGAAAUUAAGCGUAGCCCAAGGUGCAGAUGACUAACCACCACACAUGGAGACUCCGUGUCCCCGUGUAGCCACGGAUGGCACUGUGGUUAGAAGGCGAAGGGAAAGGGAAAUCACAGCUGAGGUCCUGCUUUUCAUCCUGGUAGCUGUGAGGAUGAACCUGCUGUUUUCUCUACACCCUGAGCCAGCCCCCUUCCAACACAAUAAAAAGAUGAGAUUAUUCACCUUGAAACAGAGGCCUUUGGGGAGCCUUUUGUAAAGGACAGUGAUGAAUUAACCUUUCAAUGGUCCUACAUCAACUCCAGGAAGAGGCUGCGACCUCAGGGACCAGUUUUUGUUGUUAUUGUUUUACUUAGCGCAGCUACUUGGCCCAGGGGAAGGACUGAGAUGCUUUCGACCUCCCAGAACAGAUCCCCCUGGCAGAGGUGAGGUGGGGAGGGGCCUGCGAACAAAAUGAAAAGGCCACGUUCAGCUUGACAAUGAAUUGCCUUAUUGUGACGAUGGUUCUAACACAGGCAGGUGAAUCUGGGGACCAGCGUGUCACGUGGGAGCUUUUAGGUCCUUCUGGGUUCAUUCCUCACUCAUGGGCUCAGGCCUCUUGUCUGUCCCCCACACUCGGCUACAACUGAGGGCCCGCAGGGAGGGUCCUGAACACCCACUCAGUCCCCUCGUUGCAGGAAGGCAAGGAGUUCAGCCGUCCUUUUAUUCCCAGGGCGUGGAGUUUGACGAUUCCACUUUCAUUGCUAAUAUACCUCUGUUCCCAGGAGCCACUGGAAUGCGACUGCCGUGGGAGAAGCUAGCUGUGACUUGUUACUGCUUACAAGAAAUGGAAGUUUAUUUUUAUAUCGCUAUUUCUAUGUGGUGAAUUGAAUAUGCAGAUGCUGAAGUGGAAAGAAAUUCCAAAACUAUAACCGUAGAAGAAACGGGCAGUCGUGUCAUUUAGAAGCAGCCGAAACCCCAUCAGAGAUGGUGUUUCAAUGGCGCGUGGACAGGAGCCUGCGCUGUGAGGUCUGAGGGCUCUUUGGGAUACGCUGGACAGUCCGAGGUAGGAUGGCGGGUGCUCACAACCGUGAGUGCAACUCGGGUACAUAAGGGGUGCACGCGAUAAUGCUGUGAGGCCUCCUACCUGGAGGGGAGCGGGAGGUGGUUUUCUAACUGGCACUUUCAAUGCUUUUAGGAGCGAGAGUACAGGGCAGUUGAAACCCAUGAGCAAUUCCUUGUGCUGUAUAGAAAUGAUGGAGAAACAAAGCCCUGCUGUUGCCUCAUUAGUUUACUCUAGCAGCUCAGUCUAGUAUGGGCUUUUAGAGGUAAAUAGGAUUAAAUCAGAAAAAUUUAUUUAAUCACCAUAGCCGGAGGACAGGUGUGAAUUCCUUCUGUUUGCUGUAGAUUGCCUCUUUAGACGAAUAACAGAUUGGCUUUGCUUUCCAAGGACGGUUGAGGGGUGUGGGGGUAGGGGCAGGGCAUGGUAAGUUAGCCAGGAUGAGCUGCAAAGUGAACAAUCAGCAGGUCACCAAGUUAGCGGAUUGCUAAUAAAUUUAAUUGACCUUAAAGUGAAAACGUCCUUCAGCCAAAUUAGGCAGAGAAGAGCAAACGAUGCUGAAGGGGCCGGAUCCCAGGUUUCUGCACAGAGCAGGCGACUUAGGGUGGGGAGAGACACAAAAGUAACCUCCCGUACCCUGGGUGUGUUGGCUGAACUUUGUAAGUCUGGGCAAUGAAAUCUGUUCAGAAAUAGUUGUAGCCUUGGGGAAUGGUUAGGAUCAGCUGAGCCUCCCUGUCGCCUUCACUGCCAAGCCCCCAUUUUGAUCCAUACCCCAGCAGAAGGGUCAUAGCAAUAAGAAGUGGAAUCUAUUUUGGCUCCACGGGUUUACCUCAUAAUAUGGAAGCAGAGAGCUUGUAAGUCAUACCCCGAAUCCUACUGCGAGGUAGCCGUGUGCUCUGAGGCCAAAGGCAUCCGUGGCUGGCCCUGAAGCUGAGUCAGUGUUUCUCGAAUUGACUUUGUGGCACGACGACACCUGUGUUUCGUAUCUGUGUAUCUGAACCAAGCGGUGUGCGCAGAGGUUGAUAUAUUUACAGAAAAUGGUUUUUACAAUUAAAAUGGAAUUUUAACACGAAUGCGUGUGCUGCGGUGCUUCACCCGGGCUCAGCACUGCGGUCGGAAGGCAGCGGGCCGAGGCUGCCCUGGCUGCCGCGUGGAGUGGGACGCGGAGAGCUGGGCCCCAUCUGGAUUCUCCAGGUAACGGAAACCAAAGUCGGAACAAGCGUGCCUGCCGGACAGCAGGACGGUGCUCCGUGACAGCGCCGAGGGCGCCCAAGGGAACGAAGCCCUGGGGUCACGGGGCCUGCUGUGGUCAAGGGUAACUGGAAAACGGCCUGUGUACAGCCGAGACGUAUGUAGAUGUGUGUACACUUGCUUACAUUUCAUUUCAUUUUUAACCUCUUGGGGAGUUAUUUUUAGGCAGCCCUGAGGAUAAAGCUGUACAUCAGUAGCUCUGUGUCCAAAGCCAGGUCCCGCUUUCCAAGCUGCGCGACCACGUUGCAGAGCCCGCUUGCUCGCGGCGGCAUGAGAGCGGGGGCAGCCGCGUGUGGGGAGCACCGGUGAGCAGGGCUCACAGCCAGGCCUGCAGGUCAGACUUGGGGCGAUGGACCGACAGCCACGGUGUGUCUUUAUGUAUAUUCCUGGCUUUUGGGUGAAAUUAGUUUGACAAAAGGUUCAUACUAAACAGAAGGGGGUGACUCGGGCCGUCCAUGUUGCACAGUGAAACGUCCUUUUUAUGGACAUCCUGUGGAAGGACCCCGGAAAGAGUAAGUAAUAAUGAAAGCGCUUUCUCGCAGGAAAAUAGUUGACCCGGGGCAUACUGACAUUGAAAAGUGACUGAGAAUCACUCAAUGAACCACCACGCAUGGAGCGUUACCAGGGAAGGAACCAGAUUCUGUGCCGGCCCAGGACGUGUUACUACAGAGCCGAGAUACCGGACUCUGGGCUCACGUGGAAACUUCAUUUCCUUAUACCUUAGCCUCUUCUCGUGGGCGAUCCUUACAGUCACCAAAAAAUGACAGGUGGCCCCAGACGCGCCCAGCACAGCUGGACGAACUCAGCGCUGAACAGGUAAGCCUGGCUCUUGCUGACCCCGCCUGGCCUGUGCCGCUGCCUUCCCGUCCUGUCGCCCCUGGGGGUGCCUGGGCCCCAUCUGCUGAGUGAGCCUGUGCUGGCCCCGCCUGCUAGUGGGUGAGACGCACAGGGCCCCAAACAAGGACAACGUCUACAGAAACUAACACAUCAGGUAGUUUCAAGUUCUCUGCUUCCGACCAGGAGCGGAAGCUCUGGUGAAGCCGAGCUGACAGCUGCAGGCCAGUUUCUGGGCCGCGCCGAAGGACCACAAGGUGCGGGCGACAGUGACCACGGUUCUUUCUGUCCCAUCUCAGCUGUAAAGGACGUGUUAAUUAUAGUUCAAUAAUUAACUCAGUUCAGAAAGUGUUAUAAAGAACAUUUCCAUUUAUAUUUUUUGUUGGAAGACCGGCUGAGUGAUAAAAAUAGAUCACAGCAGGACCACAUUCUCUGCUGAAAGUGGUCUGGAAAUACUCAAUUUAAACUUUUCAACGGCUAAUUUAUUUUUGUAAAUGGAUGAUGAGCAUCAAAUUGUUAUGUAUUUAAAUUACACUGAAUAUGUUUAAGGGAGUGAUGUUAACAGUUUUAUUUUAAAAUACCAAUAUUUACAUGACACCAGAAAAUACAUACUUUGGCAACUCUUACUUCCCUUCGAGAAUUUUAGAUGCGGCUUACAAGUGGGCGGGGCACAUGAUUUUUCCAGGACAGCCCCUGGGCAGAGCUGUGUGGACUGCGGCUUUGCUGUGUGGCCAGGUAAGGUGGAGGAUCUUGGGGGGAGGGCAGGCUGCUCUGUUUUUUAAAAUGCAGCUUCCUGGGCUCCAGCCCUGGAUUGAGCUGUUAGGGUUGGGCCCCAAGCGAUUCAGUUUAACAUGCACCCACCCCAAGUAGUUCUCAUGCAAACCAACAUUUAGGAAGCAUGGAUUUUCAUACAGGUUUCAGCUGCAGCUGAGGGGGAAAACAUCGCACUUACGGUUUGGACGGAGGACAGAAGGGGAACAGAGUCAGAGCUCAGGAGGCAGCAGCACCCAGAUAGGAGGGUAGGCAGCCCUUCCCUGCAUGCCCUAGGAUCGCCAGAGACCAGAACAAGCAGGAGAAGUGCUGCUGUGAGGCCUGCUCCCAGGCAAUAAGGCCUGGCCCUUUUCCAUCCCCUGAGGGAGAACUCCUGGAACCAGCCUGAGGAAGUCAGCGUGGAGGAGGGAGCAGCUGCCGCAGCACGGAAGCGCAUGGCAACAGCUGAGAGUGGAGGGGCAGAUGGACCCACCGUGAGUGGCAGGGGCGGCCUGGUCCCCUUGUGGUCCCACUGGCGCGUAAAGGGCGCCCACUUCUCACUGCACCCGCUCACUGGGCUGGACUCUGCAGCAUCUGCUCUCUCUUCCUUGGGUCACAGAAGAACUGCAGCUUCCGGGGGAGCAGCUGCACCUCCACCGGCAUUGCUUCGUACUCCUCGCUGUCGAUGCUGAAGGAGCCCUCGGUCCCCUGCGGAGGAGAGGGGCUCAAACCGCUGCCCGCGCUCCCGGCCUGCCCGGAUGGUCUUCCCAACACACACGUCCCUGCUGGGGUGGACGCGCCGCUGUGUGGAUGUCCCGGAUCGACCAUCCGUGCACAGGUUUUCAUGUUUUUCUGGCACUUGAGCAGCAAGGUGAUCACUUUCAACUAGUUAAAAGACAUGGGUCCUGCCGGUGCCCGGGAAGGCACACACAGUGUCACAUGGCCUUCGCAGUCCUACUCUUGCUCAAGUGAACAAAAGCCAAGGGUCACACAGGCCGCUUUGUGCACGUAUCCUCACGGCCAUCAGCACGACACUGCGGGCCUGCGUGGGGACCGCGUCUGUCACACCUGCAGUUCCUGCUGGACACAGGCGUGCAACAGCCACCGGGCUUCAGAGGCCCUGGGUACUCCCUCCCCACUUAGACGGGUUGCUGUGUUCAGCUUGGCAUCUUGUAAUACAGAAAAAUUUAGCGCCCUCCUGAAAAUGCCUUCAUAAAACUCUGAAGGCAGCAUUCACUGUGAACAUUUGCCAAAGGGAAACGGAAGUAAACAAGCGGGACUUCCUCGAACUAAGAAGCUCCUGCACGGCGACGAGAGACCUCCCACCUCCAACGGCUACCGGGGAGCAACCACCCCGCCCGAAAACGGCAGGAGCCAGGAGCGCUGAACAGACACCCGCGGGAGGCAGGCGGCCAGCAGGCACGUCAUCAAGCAGGUAACCACAAAUCAAAGCCACAAGGAGCUCCCGCCCCACAGCGUGAGAGAAAGGGGUGCUCUUACACUGUUGGGGGGAUGUAGGCAAGCCCAGCUCUUUUGGAAAACAGCGUGGCGGUUCCUCAAAAUAUUACAAAGAGAUCUCCCACAGGCUCCAGCAACCCCGCUCUUUAGGACUUGCCCGAGAGGCAACCCCGGGGGUCUGAAGGAGGACCAGCACUCCCGGCCCGGAGCAACACUGCUUCCCUGGCCGAGCAAAGCCACAGCGCAUGUGCCCGGGAUGGGACGGAGCCCACGAGGGCGUGGUGUGGUUUAUGUACACAGCGGGCCAAGACGCGGCUAUUAAAAAGUAGAUGAAGUCGUGCCAAUUACAACGUGGAGGGGAUUAUGCCAUGCAAACUAAGUCAGGAGGAGAGGCAAGUGCCAGAUGGCGUCCCUCGUACUGGAAUAUAAAGAAACCAAAAACCAGCAAAACUAAAAGGACACCAGCCACAGCAAUCUGACUGCAGGACGGAGUCCCAGAGGGGAGGGACGGCGGCUGCUUUGGUGGUGUGACACGCACCUGCAGAGGCGUGAUGCUGCACCCCCAAGUCUCAGUGCUGUAACCAACAUGAUCUCAAAAAUGCACGAGGGGGAAUGAAAGUUCAAAUGCGAACGAAACCUGAAGAUGCCCCGGCCGUCUUCUGAGAAGGGAACCUGUCAUCUUUCCAUGUCUCCCUCUAAGCCAGGACCUGGCACAGCGCUUGGCACCUCCUCAGUGCCUGAACGAGGGUCUGUCACUAGCGAGAGGAGGGGCAAGGCGGGGGAAAGGCCGGGAAGGGGCCGCGCGGCUCACCUCGGGAAUUAGCAGGGCGCACCGGCUGGCGUGGAGACACUCGGUGCCCGCGGCAUGCAGCUCCGGGUCUCUCACCUUCUUACUUCUGUGGGCACAAGGGAAAGGCAGGUUUGGAAACCAGCGCUGAUGGCCGCAUCAGGCUGGAGCAGCAGCAGGUUCCCCAUUUUUGACGAGACUGACUAGGCGAGCACCGUGGGGUGCUAUGAGUUACUUCCCCACCGUGAUUCUGAGGCACUGUGGUGUGUCCCAGAUGGUUUACUUGCUGUGCAGAAGUGGACAGGCAGUGACGACUGGGUGACUGUCUCUGAAUUUUUCGCUGUAAAUAGUUCCAUAGGUACCUAGUCCUUGGGUUGUUCAAUAUCCAAAUUUAAACAUUAGAAUGAAAUGAAAUUCCCUAGGAGACACAGUGAACUUUUGUAAUGGAGUUGCUGUGGAGUGACUAUUACUUGGAGACAUGCUUUGACUAAAUGGAUGAAAACUAUAGGAUUUUCUAAAUAUAUAGGCAAAUGUGACAGACUUACCUAGAGUUUCUUUAAAAGAUUAUUCUUUAAAUACAAACUAGCAAUACCCCCCACCCCAUGCAAAGACACCCAUUAUAGCUCGAGUCACGGCUGGUGCAGGACUAAAUGAAUUAAUUCCUUUAUCAUUACUUGACAACAGUAAUUCUUUAGUAGAUGAAGCUCACCAGCCUUUCUAGGGCAGCUCCACCGGGUCUGUACAGACACCCGCAGGGAGCCACUUUUUCUAGAGUUCCUUCCUGCAGGACGGAGAGGAAGCACCGCCGCUGGCAAGGACACCGUGAUCCCCCAACUUCAGCAGUAUGACUGAGUUUCUUGUGGAUGUCCACAUUAUGAAUGAGAUUCAAAUUUAGCUGGCCCGGGCCCACAACACUGUGUACUUCCCAGCGUACACGAGCUGAAGGGCGUGGCUUUUCCCUCCUGCCUUCGACUACAGAUAGAGCCUGUAUAUAAAAGGCCAAAGAGUCCCCUACUCUGCAUCUGAAGGAUCUGGCUGUACCAAAGGCGAGAAUCACACAAGCUAAGGAAGGACAUUAUGCUGCGGCGCGGGUGCAGGCGCUGCAGCUGCCACGGAGACCAGGGGCCGCAGCAGAGAGGCCGGAGCUCUCACUGGGCGCCAGAGGGCGCUGCGGACAAAGCACACGUGCCCAGGCUGCCGGUUGACAUGGCAACAUGCCGCUCAGGCUUUGAGGCCAGCAGAGGAUUGCGAGCCUUCUGAACCAAUCAAACUCUGGCAAGGUAAGGCUUAGCCAAUCAGGGCUUGGAAGGAUGCUUGCGCAUCGAAAGGGGCUUGGAAAACGUCCAAGGUUUUCAAUAACGUUUCAGGCUUUUAAUGGACGCCUUGGGAACUGGACAAGGUGGACUGACGUGAGCACAUACUGUGGAGGGCCUCACAUUAUACAAAGACUUUCCCCAUACGACCUCAUUUCAAACUCAAAAGCAAUCGUGAUACAGACUAUGCCGUUCUAUACACAACGAAAAGGCUUCAGAAAUGACAGUUAAAGAAUUUGUCCAAGUUGUGAGGUCAGUAAGUGACAGGAUCAAGAUUUGCAUCCAGAAUUUUGACCCUGAAGCCAAAAUCCUUGCAGCAUGCUGUGCUGAAUGCUUUCAUCGCACGGAAAGGCAGACCCUGCUCUCCACACUCUGGUCUCCGUGACACCAACAGGAAGGCCAAAGGAGGCGGGACUGACCUCACAGGGUGCUCGGAAGUCAAGUGUGAGAAGAGAAAGGGCGAGAGUCAUUUCCUACAAACCCCAGCCCACUCACCCGAGAGUUAUAAAGUCUCCUUUGCUGACGGUGUCUGGCUCCACGCAGAUGUUCAUGAAGUCUUCUUUGCUCUGAAAGGGUUGGGAAGACUAAGGUUAAGGCGCUAGAUUUGGGCUGAGGUGUCUGUCGUCCCCCUCGGGCCCUGGAGCCCAUACUUGGAAGCUAUGUUAUGCAGUGCACUUGGCUACCAGUGAUAAUCCUGGUCAUUUUCGGCCCUUUUGUUUCUGCUUUUACAGUUUAAGACCUUUGUUGAGGUAUAAGCUACACACAACAUUCAGCUCCAUUGCUCUGAGACGCCCCUUUCCCCCAGGCUUC